AUGCCUGCCGAAUCAAUCAGAGAGAAAGAAGUCCUGCGGGCUCACAUCCAUCCGCUCUCCUUCUCUUCUUCCUCAUAUGACCCCCUCCUUCACGCUAUCGGGGACGCCCAAAUCGUCUUAAUCGGCGAUGGCUCGCAUGGGACGUACGAGUUUUACGCCCAUCGUGCGAACAUAACAAAACGCUUAAUCGAGGAAAAGGGCUUCACCGCCGUCGCCGUCGAGGCGGAUUGGCCUGAUGCCUUUAGGAUCAACAGGUACAUCCAUGGCGGAGAUACUCGAACGGGCAAGAUCAAGAACGCCCGUGACUCCCUUGCGGAGUUUGAGAGAUUCCCGAAGUGGAUGUGGAAGAAUGAAGCCAUGCCGCCAUUCAUCGAAUGGAUGAAGCAGCAUAACCAGAAGGUCGCAGAGACUGAAGGAGACGCUUCCGGGACGGUCUCUUUUUACGGCAUGGACGUGUAUUCCCUCCAUCGGUCGGCGGAGCAAGUCAUCCGAUAUCUAGAGACAGUAGACCCCGAGGGCGCAAAGCAGGCUCGUAAGAAGUAUAACUGCUUCGAGCGCUUUGGAGAGGAUACAAGGAGGUAUGCGUACGAGACGCAGUUUGGAUUGAAAAAGGACUGUCAUCGUGAAGUUAUCGACAACCUGAAGAACUUGCUCCUCAACCGACAGAGAUUCAUCGAACAAGAAAUUCUUAGGGAUAAGUUCGCGCAUCCCCACGAGGAACAGUUCGUCGCCGAGAUGAACGCUCUGGUCGUCAAAGAUGCUGAGGAGUAUUACCGCACAAUGAUGACAGAGGACGUGCGAAGCUGGAACUUGCGCGACGAACACUUUGCCAGGACUGUGUCUGGCAUCGCGCAAUACCUAGGCUUAUCUCCGAGUCCUAGAGGCGGCGCCAAAGUCGUCGUGUGGGCUCACAAUUCGCAUGUCGGGGAUGCUAGAGCGACUGACGUGGGCAAGAGGCGGCGCGAAUCCAACGUCGGCCAAAGGUGUCGCGAGAUAUUUAGUAACGACAAGGUGUUCAACAUCGGCUUUCUCACCAACAGAGGGACAGUGACCGCGGCCCAUGACUGGGAUGAUCCCCCCUAUUUGCAGAGGAUGAAUCCUCCUAUCGACGGCUCAAUCGAAGACGUCUUCGACAAGUGGGCGGACCAGGAUUGCUUCGUUGUGACACAUAAUAUCGUUAUUGACGAGAAAGGUGCUACCAAGAAGGUCGAAGUCAACGAAGGACUCUCAGAGUAUGUUUUCUUGAACCGGCCUCGCUACCAACGGUUCAUCGGCGUUAUUUAUAGGCGGCUCACAGAGAUUCUGUCUCACUACUCUAAGUGCAGUGUACGGCAACAAUACGAUGCUGUCGCGCACAUCCGCGAAUCAAGAGGCAUCCAGCCCCUGGAGCCUGAAGAGACGUGGAAGGGGCCGAAGGCCGAGAUGGACAUGACUUUCCCCUUUGGGGUUUGA